CGUCACACGUAAGGUCAUAAGGAAAGAAGUAUGGCCGCCGUGUUGCGAGGGUCUCGUCUCCUAGUGGGAAGGUGUUGCAAGAAUGUUGACUUUGCACUUGUCUCCUCAAGGUCGAUGGCCUCCAAGACACAGGUGGGGUUUAUUGGCCUGGGUAACAUGGGGAAUCCAAUGGCAAAGAAUCUGCUGAAGCACGGAUACCCGGUCAUCGCCACAGAUGUGUUCCCUGAGUCCUGCAAGGAGGUGCAGGAGCUGGGUGCCCAGAUUGUGGACAACCCUGCUGAAGUGGCGGACAAGGCUGAUCGCAUCAUCACCAUGCUUCCAUCUAGUCCUAACGUGAUCGAUGUAUAUACCGGACCGAAUGGCAUAUUGAAGAAGGUUAAAAAAGGCUCCCUGCUCAUCGACUCCAGCACGAUUGACCCUGCCGUGACAAAAGAAAUGGCUGCUGCUGCAGAGAAGAUGGGUGCUGUCUUUAUGGACGCUCCUGUGUCAGGAGGUGUCGGUGCUGCAAGCGCAGGGAAGCUGACCUUCAUGGUGGGAGGAGCGGAGGAGGAAUUUACUGCUGCUCAGGAGUUGCUCAGCUGUAUGGGUGCUAACGUGGUCUACUGUGGUCAAGUUGGAACUGGACAGGCUGCCAAAAUUUGCAACAACAUGCUCCUCGCCAUCGGAAUGAUCGGUACGGCGGAAACUAUGAACUUGGGAAUCAGACUUGGACUCGACCCUAAACUGCUGGCGAAGAUUCUAAACAUGAGCUCGGGCCGUUGCUGGUCCAGUGACACCUACAAUCCUGUCCCGGGAGUCAUGGAAGGUGUCCCAUCUGGGAACAACUAUCAAGGAGGAUUCGGCACUCAGCUGAUGGCCAAGGAUUUAGGACUCGCACAGAGCACAGCAACCAACACCAAAACCCCUGUCCCUCUGGGGUCCCUGGCUCACCAGCUAUACCGUAUGAUGUGUGCACGUGGUUAUGCCAAUAAAGAUUUCUCAUCUGUGUUCCAGUUUCUGCGUGAGGAGGAGGGCCAGUAACGCCGGCCUCUCACUGGCCCCCCUCCCCGUCCGAAGCCAGGAGAAUAGCGUAGUACGGCUGCAGGUUGCUAUAAGGACAGUUAUUGUUUUCCAAAAGACAUGAUGCUGGGUAAGCUCCAGGAGCUAGGAGAUCAUGUGAGCACUUCUCUCCUAUUUCCCAUGUGAUCUAGUCCUCCCCUCUAUGCAGCACUCCUUCAGGUUUAGAGGCGAAAUAGUCAGACAUGCUGUGGAUCGGGCGGUCCAGCAACAUCGUGCUGCUUCAGAUGUGUGACGGCGAUAAGGUUCAUAAUCAUCCAUAGCCUGUGACUGUUUUUAUGUUACAUUUUUUUCAUUGGGGCUUCUCCUCCUGACUGAGAUAAGAGCGAUCUGUUUAGGUAAAAGAUGGCUUGUGAUGUCAGAUUUGACAAUAAAUGUAUCUUCUACA